GAUAAAAGAUAAUAACAUUACGUAAUUCAGACUCCGUGUUUACUAUCAUGUGUCAACAAUUCAUAACUAGAUCAUAGAUCAUUCGCUAAAAUAUUUGAUAGUACUUGUAUUGUAUAGUUCUGGAACGUAUAGCCAUACUUCAGGUAGUAUUUGGUGUACAAUACAUUGUGUCAUCUUAUAUUUGGGGUGCCAUUCUAGUAUCUUUUUUUGUGAUGUAUAAAAGUUUCAAAUUUCUCCCUGUAAAAAGGGGUUUUGAAAUAAAAAAACCCAGAACCAUUGGGACAGUUAUGAAUGUCAAGUGUUUCUCUACCUCCAUUGAAGAUACCUCGCCACUUUCUGGUAUCCGUAUAAUGGAUUUAACGCGUAUAAUUGCUGGACCAUAUUGCACAAUGGUGCUUGGAGAUUUAGGAGCAGAAAUACUGAAAAUCGAACGCCCUGUCAUAGGUGACGAGUCUCGUAGAUGGGGUCCACCAUUUUUCAAAGGGACAAAGGAAGGCACUUACUUUUCGUGUGUAAAUAGAAACAAAAAAAGCAUAUGCAUUGACCUAAAGAGAGGAAAGGAUAUCUUGUAUGAACUGGCAAAAAAGUCAGAUGUCCUUGUUGAAAAUUAUGUCCCGGGAAAACUGGGGGAAAUGGGACUAGACUAUGAGACCUUAAAAAGAGUUGCACCACGUUUGAUAUAUUGUUCAAUAACUGGCUAUGGCUACAAGGGUUCAUACACUUCCAAACCAGGCUACGAUGUCAUCGCGUCAUCUUUGGGUGGUUUGCUUCAUAUAACAGGUCCAAAAGAUGGAGAGCCAUGUAAAGUUGGAGUCGCUAUGGUCGAUAUUGCUACAGGAUUGUACGCCCAUGGAGCUAUAAUGGCAGCAUUGUUACAGAGAGUUAAAAAUAAUAAAGGACAAUGGAUUCAGUGCGAUUUGCUGUCUACUCAGGUUGCUAGUCUUAUCAAUAUAGGUUCUAAUUAUUUGAAUGCAGGCAAGGAAGCUUCAAGGUGGGGUACUGCACACGAGAGCAUUGUGCCUUAUGAAGCAUUUCCCACUAAGAAUGGAUAUAUUUCUGUCGGGGCUGGCAGUGAUAUUCAGUUUUCAGCAUUAUUAAAAAAGAUGAAUUUAGAAGAACUUGAAGGAAACAGCAAGUUCUGUACUAAUGUUGAUAGAGUCAAGAAUAGAAUUGAACUAAUUGGAAUAUUAAGAAGUCAUUUUCAAAAAAAGACCAGCGAGGAAUGGUCUGAAAUCUUUGAAGAUGCACCUUUUCCUAAUGGUCGUAUCAACACCAUAAGUCAGGUCUUUGACGAUCCACACAUCAAAGACAUAAACUUGGUCAAAGAAAUGAGUCACCCGACCAUCGGAAAACUGAAAGUUGUUGGUCCAGCUGUGUCAUACAGCUAUGCGAAGAAUUCUGUGAGAUCACCGCCACCACUCUUGGGACAGCACACUAAAGAAGUUUUGAGAAACGUUUUGGAUUACUCUGAUGAAAAAAUUUCGAAAUUAAUCAAGGAGAAAAUAAUUCAAUGAAUGUUAUGAUUAUUUUUAACAUUGGAAGAAGUUAGGGACAGUAUUUGCUUGCAAAGAAAAAACCUUAUUUUUCCAUUUCUAUAUUUGUUUAUGACCAGUUGGUGGCAGUAAUCACUUAGUAAUUAUGGAUGAUAAAUAUCUUGUAAAUGAAUUUUUCACCCACAGAUAACUCUAAUGAUAAUUAUAUUUUUAGCGCAAACGCAGUUGUGCAUAUGGGGAAUUCCAUGUCGAUUCGAUGAACCAACAACAGUGACCCUCUUCGAUUUUUUCCAAAUUUUGCUGCCCAGCGCUUUUUGAGUUAUGAAUUAUUGAAAACUCAAAAUAGAGCCCUGAUGAGUUUUUUUUAUUUAAAUUAUUAAAUAUGCUAUGGCCAGCGACGAACAUUUUUCACUGACAAAAAAAAGUGGAUAGUUUUUUUUCUAUUUUUUCAUUUUUUCUCAAUCGAAAGAAAUCCCAUUUUCUUUUGCCAUUGCCAACAUUCUUUCUUUUAAAACGUCAAUUGUUGACUUAUAUAGAAAAAAAUUGGGGAUAUAUUAAGAAGAAAUCUUAAAAAGUAGAAAAAAAUGUAUUAACUUUAUUUUAUAAGCAAAAUUGUUCGUCGUUGGCCAUAGUGUUUUUAAGAUUUAAAAAACAAAAUCGAUAACGGUGCUGUUUUGAGUUUUCGAAAAUUCCUAACUCAAAAAGCGCUAGACAGCACAAUUUGUAAAAACUCAGAAACUCGUUUCGAAACAAAAGUUAUAGUAUAAAAAAUCGUUGAGAAAAACGAAGAGGGUUACUUAUUUUGGUUCAUCGAAUUGACAUGGAAUUCCCCAUAUAUUAUACCCACUUAUUUUUAAUGCCUCAUCAUUUUGUUAGAUUGUAUUGCAAAGAAGUUUUCAUACUCGUGAUAAUUCAGGGUUGACUUACUUAUAACUUAUUAAGUUACGAUUACGAAUAACUUUGUACUAAUAAUUUGCUUCCGAAAAAUAUAGGUAUAUUCAAUAA